GCAUUUUAUAGAUUAGAUACUCGAUCGGACGAGUCAGAUGAACAAGGGAAACAAGGCCUUUCUCCAAGGUAAGUUUAACUGUACAUUACGAGGAAUCACUCUCCGCACUUGGAAAACUGCCAACACCUCAAAAUCAAAUCAGGACUACUCCUGCAACAGAUUUUGCUCGUCUUUUUUGUCUCUCUUACAAAAUCAGCAACACUCCUCCAAACAUUUUAAUCAAAUUCUGUCGCGUGCAAUUGCUUCGGGCCUCUUCUCAGACCCCUUCAUAUCCAGUAAACUCCUCCUUGCCUCUCUCUCACCCCGUCAUCUUGAUCUCCAAUUCCCUCGAGCCCUUUUCUUUCAAAUCAAGAACCCCAAUAUCUUCGCCUGGAAUUUCAUGUUCAAAGCCUACUCUCAGAGCUCUUGCCCAGAACAAUCCAUAUAUCUGUACAAUCUCAUGCGACGACGUUUUGCGACUUUGCCCGACAACCAUUCCUUCCCUUUCCUCCUCAAAGCCUGUGGCCGUCUCUCGCUUUCUCAGAAAGGUCAAGAACUCCACUCUCUGACCCUCAAACUCGCACUUGAACCAGAUGUCUUCGUACAAAACGCCCUGGUGUCAAUGUACUCCCUCUGUGGCUUGCUUCAGACUGCCCGCAGAGUGUUCGAUAACAUUCCAGCUUCGGUUCGCGAUGUAGUAUCUUGGAAUAGUAUGAUUUCUGGCUACUUGCACAGCGAUUGUUGUGGGGAAGCCCUCAAGGUUUUUGGUGAAAUGCUGGCUGAUGGGUCCAUGAGGCCAGAUGGGGUAACUUUUGUGAGCGCUCUGACUGCUUGUGGAAGAAUCGGAUUUCUUCAUCUGGGGCGGAAAAUCCAUGGAUUACUUGCACGGAGUUCAUUUCUUUUAGAUGUCGUUUUGGGUUCCUCUCUAGUAGACAUGUACGCCAAAUGUGGGCAGAUGGAGAACGCUAGAAAGGUUUUCGACAGAAUUCCAGAUAAAAAUGUAGUUUGUUGGACUUCUUUGAUAGGCGGUUAUGCCCAUUCGCAUUUAUUCAAGGAAGCGAUUGAGUUGUUCAGGGAGAUGCAGGUACAUGGAGUUAAAGCUGACGCUGCGACUGUGGCUUGUGUAGCUUCUGCAUGCGGGCAUUCAGGUGCUCUGGAUCAGGGGAGGUGGGUGCACGCCCACUGUGAAAAGAGUCGCAUUCACAUGAACCUCUCCACAAAAAAUGCUUUGGUUGAUAUGUAUUCAAAGUGCGGAGAUAUCGAAAGGGCUCUCCAAAUUUUCCGUAAGUUGACUGAGAGAGAUGUAUUUUCAUGGACAGCGAUGAUUACUGGGCUUGCCAUGAAUGGGCAGUCUGAUAAAGCAUUGAGAUUUUUUUCACAAAUGGAAAUGUCCGGCGAUGUUAGGCCGAAUGAGGUCACAUUUCUUGGAGUCUUGUCUGCAUGUUGUCAUGGUGGAUUUGUAGAUGAAGGGUUCCACUAUUUUAAUGAUAUGACUCAAAGUUACAAGCUCACGCCUCGUAUUGAACAUUAUGGGUGUAUGGUUGAUCUUCUUGGCCGUGCUAACCUCUUGGCUGAGGCAGAAAAGUUUAUCAGGGCAAUGCCCAUUGAAGCUGAUGUGGUUAUAUGGCGAUCCCUACUUUUUGCCUGUAGGUGUCAUGGGAGCAUGGAAUUGGCGGAGCUGUCAGCCGAUAGAAUCGAGGAACUGCAGCCGAGAAGGUGCGGGGGACGCGUUUUAUUAUCCAACAUAUACGCUUCAGCCUCGAGGUGGUCUGAUGUGAACAAAAUGAGGAAAGGUAUGGCUCUUCAAAGAAUCCAAAAGCUCCCUGGUUGCUCUUUCAUUGAAAUUGAUGGUGUCGUUCAUGAAUUCUUUGCUGCGGAUGGUCCGCAAUAUUGUCAGAUAGAGUCCAUGUAUGAGACGAUUAUUGGAAUUAAUAAGGUUAUACAAGCUGAAGUUUUUGACCCAGAUAUCUAGGAUUGUCGAUGACAGUUGAUUUUAAAUUCUAGUAAACUGUAAACCUUAGCUUGUAAUUACCAGAUGAAAUUUAUGCCUAUGGGAUUAUGAAAUGCUAGUGACAGUGAAAAGUAGCAGCACUUUAAACCAAACGAGGAAACAGUUGUUGCUUGAAAUUUCGCUGCAAGGCAAAAGAGUUCACAAGGGCAAAGUAAUUCUUGAAGAUAUUAGAGAAAUGCUUCGGGUUGAUGACAUGGGAUUCAAAUAAAGCCCAAGUAUAGAAAAGAAAUAGGAUGGGAGGCGGAGGCGGGGGACGCCGUGACGUGCCGCUGUACAAAAGCUAUAUUACGACGAGUAUGGAAUGAAAACAUAUAUUCCAUCCCACGUAGUAUUUGAUUUGAAGGCAGCUUUUAACCAUAUGAGAACUGCCAUUUGUAAACGCAGGCUGGCCAAUGUCCAAACGGGGAUUGGCGAACGACCCUGAUUAAUUAAGUUGGAUGUUUUGAUUUGGCAGUUGCCUGCCACCGAAGACAAUGUGCCAGGUGAAACAACUAGAGCUGUGAGUCUCUGUUCUGUCCACUUCUUUUGGCCUCAAAUACUACUGGAGCUCAACCUGUAAACACUAAGCCUGACAAUAUCCUUGUGAGUUGAUGUUCGAGAUUUUGCAAUAAAGAAUCUUCCAACAAAGCCUUCUUGGCUUGAAGCGUUUAGCAACACUGAAGUUGAAGAGACUCCUGAUGGAUCAAAUACAAGAAGAGAGAGUCUAAAAGGGUCAUCAAGAAAUCAACCCAUUUAAGAGAAGGGACUUCAGAAUAAAUGAGUACUAUACAUGAAUUAAUUCUAGGCAAAUUCAUGAAUCUAUGUUUGGUGCCUAUCUCUAUAAAUGAUUAUCUUGUAUUGUCUUUUGGAGAUCAUCAUUUGUCAUGUGUUAUCAAUUAUGUAACGAGAAAACAGCAAAGGAUUGUUGAUCCAAUUAUGGAACGGAUCGA